AUGAGUGGCCAAACUGGUCAAGUGCCAAGUGCUAGUAAUGCGCCAAGCACUAAUGCUUCUCCAGGCUCGGAACCAACCACAAACAUAGAUUUUGCGGGACCAAGAUCUUCUUCCUCUAUUAACAAUAUAAAUGCUAUAACAGCCAACGCUUCACCUAGAAGAACGGGUAGUUCUUUCAUGUCCAACUUGAGCAUCAAGAAGAUCUUCGGCCACUCUUCGGCUCAGAGAGAGAAGGAAAAUGCUCGUAAGCUAGCAGCUUUAAUAUCGAACGACGGUUCGAUUCGCCAAGGCACAUGGGAUGGGCUUUCGCCAGGAUCAGAAAAACGAAUAGAAACCCUGCAACAAUUACAUGAGGUCGUCAAAAAUAGAAGUUUACAAGUGUCAACGCUUGAAGGUUUAUAUCACGACACCAAAGAUAUGCUCAGUGAUCCAGAUACCAAGGAUCCUGCGCUACGCUUGAUAAUUGAACUAACAGAAGCUCAGAGGAAGCAACUGGGUCUAGCUCUUCGUCAUACCUUUUUCGAUGCUAUAAAAACAAUUGGAGUUGAAGAGCUGACUGUUAAAUGGUUGAACGCCUUGAGUAAUAAAGGAGAAGAUGUGAAUGGCUUCGAAAAGGAUAUGGAUUAUCUCAUGGCUGAGUGGGUAGAGAAGACUUUGGCCGAGUAUGAUCAUCCUCAAGCAAUAAAUGUAUUACAACUUGCUCAACAAUUCAUCAGACAUAACUCAGCCUUCAUUUGCCGAGACAGUAUUAAUACUUUAUUGAAAUGUAUUUGUGAGAGGGGUUGUAAAAGAAAUGAUUCACUAACGCAGGAAUGUCUUAAAAGCAUAGAUUGCAUUAUGAUAUUCAGUGAGUUACCAAGUGACAAACUUUACAAUGUCGUUGCUGUCCUCUGCAUUCAAGUUUGCGACGACACGUUCCGGAGGCAAGCUUGGAGUUUAACUAGGAAGUUACUAAAUUCACAUCUCGGGCACAGAGCACGUAGCCAUUUACAAAAUAUUCUACAAGACAGUGAGAUGUUAAAGAAAGAUACGAAUUCGGACUUCAUCAAAGUGGUUCGAGGAGCAGUUUUCUGUUUAACAGAUGCUAUUUGGGGAACACAUAAAAUUGACAUGUUUGUUUGGAGUCCUGCUGCUGCUAUUCCUUAUUUCGAGAAAGCCAUGGCAGCUGAUGUCAACGUUUGUAUAGAUGUCCUAACAGCUCUCCGUCGAUUGAUUCAAAGAAAUGGGCGUGAUCUCCAACAAAUGACUUGGGCAGCUUUGAUUCAUCUUUUCGAAACUCUUCUCGCCUUAUGUGAUGAGCGUCCUGAGUAUCAGGAAAAGUGCAAGGCUGUUCAUGACUUGUUGCUCCUCACUGAACAACUUUAUAGGGAUGGGCUCCUGAAUGCUAGUCCCGAUCUCUUGUUCGAUUUGAUCGAACGUUGUGCAAAUCAUCGACCGAAUAGUUCUAUCAUAGCACUCAUCGAAUACCGUGCAGAGAAUAUAUCACCAUCUACACCUGAUUGGAUUGAACAUUUCAUAAAAUUCGUGAAAACAUAUUCGCACGAAAGUCAAGCUAAAGAAAGGAGAAGCAAAGUUUUGUAUGCCAUGCAUUCGAUAUACACCAGGUUCAAACUGUUGUAUGAACCUGAGAUUGUCACUCAGGUCAUACUCCCAUUAAGUGAGAAAGUUCAUCAAGAGAAAGAUUCACGAAUUCAAUAUCAAAUGAUUAAUAUUCUCUUGGACGUUGCGAAAACCGUUUCCAUACGUGAUGACUGUAAACUAUUCGAGUCAGUGAUCAGUUUGAUUCGUAAAUUGUUCAACAACACUAUGAAAUCUAGCACUCCUGCGGAUGAGUUGGAUUUCAUGGAGCAUUCCGAACCAGUCAUAUCAGAAAACGGAAUCACAAUGGAUAAUUUAUGCGUCUUAUCGACUCUGAUUGAUGAAGUGUUAGUGGAGAGAUGGAUGUCAUUGAGUCCAAAACUUUUAAAUAUUCUGAUAGACACAUUAGUGGAGCAUAUUGAAAUGCAGUAUAGUAUAGGUUGGAACAAUGAAUUGGGUUGUGACAUAAGAAUAUCUGUUUUGACAACACUUCUAUCUAUACACUGCUGUCCCAUCACCAACAGGAUCCAGCGUUUUGGAAGAGAUGAUAAUGAGCCUCAAACUAACGUGUUUAUUCAACGAAAACAUUCCGGCUUUGAAAAUGGGUUUACUUGGUCUAAAAUAUGUACAAUAGUCACAAGAGUUUUGGAUCAUGAUACCAGCUGGAAUGUAAUUCAAGAAUGUCUUGAAAAAUUAGGACGAGUGUUAGAACACAUUGAAUUAGUUCUGACUGCGACUCCACAAGAAGUUGAAUUGCUAACUCAAACUCUUGUCUCUCUUUAUAAAAGGAACGAAGAAAAAAAGACGAGCUUCCCUGUAGAGCCCUUGUCCAAAUAUCUCCCCCCUGUACUGGCAACCUUGAUUAAUUAUACAAUGACUCAGGAGAACAAGAGCCAAGAAGUUUGUCGAGUGCUGACAGAUUGUGUGAAGUAUGAGCAAGUAGAGGCUGUAAUGGCUUGUGAUAUCGCUAUACAAUUAGUCCCAGAGAGAAUGAGUUCAAAUGCUCAUACUUUGAUUGAAGAAUUAUUAAAGCUUAAACCAACUUCGAAAAGAGCCAUCCCUGUUAUUGAGCUUUUGAGUGAUUCAGCCGAUAUUCCGGAGUUUCAACAGCUGUUUAAAGCUGACUAUUACAAAAAAAUUGUAGAUAUACUAGUUCCCUAUGCAGAUGCUAGAGAGUUUAGUACUUAUAUUGUCGCUUGUAUUCAUAGAGUUUUAAUGCGUUGGUUCGUUCGAGCUCCAGAUUACAUUCGCUUUGAAAUAGGAGAGCAUAUUCUGAAAUCGGUUAAUGAUCUGUAUACGAAAUCUUCCAUCUGCAUAUCCGAAGGAAUUCCAAGACAACACAGUGGAGAUGGACGGCAGGUGCCGGGUAAUUUAUUUUUACUCGGAGGAGAUCCAGCUACACCACCCCCCAUGGAUGGUAUGGGUUCAUUCAGGGAGGAGAAAAAGCCUGAUAAUAUCAGUGAAGAGAUACUCCGUGCCCUUGACUGUUUUAUACGUUUAGGUCGUUUGGAUGAUGUCAUUGGUUCGGCAGCGCCGCCCGAUCAUUUAUUUGAAGCCAGUGUCGAGCAUUUCUAUGUGAAUGAUUGCAUUGUUUCUGUUCGAACUUUGGUUGAUAAAGAAGAUGACAGUGAUAAUGAUGUUUUCACUACUUCAAGUGAAGUUGCCAAUUCGCCCCCUGUUGAAAACUUUGCCGAAACGAGAAGACGUCAUCAGUCAGCGAUCCAGGAACGACGAGCCACUAGAGGGCAUGCCGAAUCUUUAAGCCAGAAGCCGAAGGCUUUGGAUGAUCUUUAUGCUUUUGGGGGUCCCCAUCAGCAAGGGAGAAGAAAGGAAAAAGUACGUUCUACCACAUUCAUUCAUUUGAAUGUACGCCACAUGUACGGAAGAACUUCCUGGCUGAUGAGAACUUUCGAAGAAUGGCCUGAAGAUUUCCUUCUUUCACCUUCGUUCCCUUGGUUGGUUGUCAACUUGCUGAACCAUCUUCUUCCAUCAAAUGGCAUCACUCGAUUGGCAAAAAAAGACGAAGACGUUGAGCGUUCAAUUAGAGUAUUGGACACUCAUCCAGGCGUUGAACUACAUGCUGUAGGAGUUCUAUUCAUUGCUCCUUUGCAAGAAACAGAAGUGGAAAUUUUGUCAAACACAUACGGCUCGGAUCGUUACGCUCGGUUUGUGAAACUGCUCGGCGAGCCUAUUACUUUGGAUGAAAGACCGGGCGGAUUAGAGUCCCCAUUACAUGGAAGUUAUACGUAUGAGCAUAGAGAUGAGCUUAGUCGUAUAAUUUUCCUUAUUUCUACUUUGAUGCCCAAUCAGCCUAACGAUCCGAACUGCAAUUCUAAGAAGAAACUCAUUGCCAACAACUUCGUUUCCGUGAUUUUCAAUGAAAGCGGAAAAACAUAUAAAUUGGGAACUGUCUGUGGACAAUUCGCUUCUGUUUGUAUUGAAGUAGUGCCAUCUGAUUCGAAGAGCCUGCUAAUCACGGUCCACGCUAAACAAGACAUUUCAUGUUGGCUUGCCAUGAAACGAGUCCUACUCAGCGAUGCUAGUGCUGCCCGUCUUCUUCGGAAAUUAAUAGUUCGUUCACUCCUAUCUGUAAAUGUAGCGAGGCAUGGAGAGGAGUCUUACAUAUCCGCUGGAGUAAAUCGUCUGAGAAACAUCCGUCAAAUUAAAGAAAGAUACAAGCCGAAGUCAAAGAAUUUCGUAUAG